GUGACAUAAUCAUAACCUAUAAAAUCUUUUCGAACUAUGCACGUACGAUCCUACUUCUUUUCAGUCCUUAAAGUAAUUUUGUACGAGAAUUAAUUAAUAUCCUAACAAUAAGUUAAUUUUAAGUGAAAAGUUAAAGACUCCUACUUAGGAAAAGUGUAAUUAUUGGAGUUGAUCGAAAAGUAAAGAAGGAAAUUUUGCAAUUUAAAGCACAUGUCAUCAGCUUAGACUCUUUUUGAUUGUUGUAAAGUUAAUAUUAGGUACAUUCUAGAUUUAAAGCAGAUUUUUUACAACUUUAUCAUGAGUCGCUCACUUCGCAAACUUUCGUUUUUUUUUAAACAAUUGGGUUUGUCGAAAAAUGUAGAACCGCCGUAUAAUCAUGCUUGUCAAAUCGGAGAUCCAGUUCUUCGUCAACCGGCACGAAUAGUGGAACCAGAACUAAUUAAAACAAAGGAAUUUCAGUUUUUAAUCAAUCAUAUGGUGAAAACGAUGAGAUUAUAUGAGGCGUGUGGUUUGUCUGCACCUCAAAUUGGCGUUCCCAUGCAAAUUUUUACCGCCGAGCUCUCCGAGACACACUUUAGACUUGCUGGGCCAACCAGACAAAAGGCUCAGGGACUUGAAGUUAUUCCACUAAAAAUUUUUAUAAAUCCCACACUAAAAGUUGUUGAUCACGGACUAAUGCAAUUCGUCGAGGGAUGUGUGAGCACUGUAGGUCUUGAAGCGGAAGUUCCUCGAUAUAAGGAAGUUCUCAUAACUGGAUUAAACGCUGAUGGUGAAAUUCACGAGUGGCAUGCCAAAAACUGGGCUGCCAGAAUCGCCCAACACGAAUUGGAUCAUUUGAAUGGAGUAUUAUUUACGGAUAAAAUGGAUCCAACGACGCUUUCGUUAACAGCUUGGCAAGAAGUGAAUUUAAGAAGAGGAAAUCUGCAAUUAUCGUUCCACCCGAUAUAAUUAUUUAGUCUCUAGAGCUCAAGUAUUAUACUAAAUAAAAGGUAAAAUAAAUUUUGACUACAAUGAUAA